GAGCAUAAAUUGUACAGGUUUACGUUCAAAAGUAAAAAGAAAAUUAUGAUGUCUUGUUUUGUUGGUGUGGAAGCAUUGUUGACUCUGUCUCUGCUGUUUUCCGUUAGUGUUAAGGCAAACAGAAAUGCCUUCAGCAGUGAUAUUAAAUCUUGUUUGUUUGAUGAUUGGUUUUCAAACAAAGGAAUUCUGAAAACUGAAGUUGACUGCAGUGGUCCAAAUCGCUCUGGAUUAUGCUAUGGUGAAAGUAGGACGUUAUUUGCUGUGUGUUAUAACAACGAAACUCUUAUCCCAGAGUUUACUGGGCACGUUGUGGAGGCAAAUAUUAUGGGAAGCGGAAGAAGCAAGUGGAUAAACGAGAACGGGCCUUUUGCUCCAGCACCACAAUCAAAGAUGAAGGAUUAUAGUGCUGACAAGCGUUAUGACGGUAGUUACAACGCGGGUCAUCUUACCCCCAACGGAGACUUUGGAAAAGACGAACGUAAAUUUACUAUGGUGAACACAAACAGCGCUCCUCAAUGGAAGCAUUUCAAUGGUGUAAUCUGGAAAAAAUUGGAGCAAGCUGUGAGAACGUAUGCCAAAAAAAAUAACAAACAACUUUAUGUAGUAACAGGAACAGGUGGGCAACUAAAGUAUGAAAAUGGCACGACACUAGAGUUGAACGAACGGGUACUAAUACCUCGAUAUUUUUGGAAAGCAAUUUGUGAUCCUUCCGGCAAACAAUCAGUUGCUGUUAUUGCUGAAAAUCCAAUAUAUGGGGAGAAUAAUAGUAAUAGAGAAAUACUUUAUCCUUAUAGCUUGAAAGAGCUUAAAGAGAAAUAUCCUGAGCUUAAUUUGCCUUCUUUGCAGAAGGUAAAUGCAAGCCAUCUGAAAAGGCAAAUUUUUGACUCUAUAAAGGAAACUUACAAAGUAGCAUAAAUAAUUUGAAAUCGUUGCAUGACACGACAAAAAAUUGUAACAGUUCAAAUAAAAAAUAAAGGAGAUGAUUAAACCAAGAAAAAUUAAA